AGCGACGCCGAGGUCGCGCAUGCGCCGCGCAACCUUACCGGGGAAAUUCUAGAUGCUGAGCGCGAAUCUGACAAGAUGAAUCCGUUAACUAAGGUGAAGCUGAUCAACGAGCUGAAUGAGCGGGAGGUCCAGCUCGGGGUGGCGGAGAAGGUGUCGUGGCACUCGGAAUACAAGGACAGUGCUUGGAUCUUUCUGGGAGGGCUUCCUUAUGAACUGACAGAAGGGGAUAUCAUUUGUGUGUUUUCACAAUAUGGGGAGGUUGUUAAUAUUAAUCUCGUGCGGGACAAGAAGACUGGAAAAUCCAAAGGCUUCUGCUUCCUCUGCUAUGAAGACCAAAGGAGCACAAUCCUGGCUGUUGACAAUUUUAAUGGGAUCAAGAUUAAAGGAAGGACCAUCCGAGUGGAUCAUGUGGCUAACUAUCGGGUGCCUAAGGUCUCAGAGGACAUGGACGAGGUGACCAGAGAGCUCCAGGAGACGGGCUGUGGGGUUAGGACGCCCUCCCCGAGUGCAUCUGAGGCUUCUGAAGAUGAUAAACCCUCAAAAAAGCACAAAAAAGACAAAAUGGAGAAAAAGAAGAAAAAGAAAGACAAAGAGAAGCAUGACCGGGAGGUGCAGGUGGAGCAAGCAUCUACCUCUUCCUUGCCCAGAAGCAAGACCACAAAGGAAAAGGAUGAGUCUGGACCGAAGCCAGAGAGCAGCAAGAGCUCCGAGAAGGCCCAGAGGUCAGAAGCCAGGGAGGCACGGAAGCACUACCCUGGGUCCCCUGAGGCCAGGACCGCCUCUGGCAGAAGAGUUGAGGAACCAGCCAGGGAGCCGAAGAAGGAGAGAUCAAAACAUGAGCAUAGGUCCUCCGACAGGAGGGAAAUGAGAGACGAAAGGAACAGGGAUAGGGAUAAAGGACGAAGCACAGAGUCACAUUCGAACUGGCAUGAUGGGUAUUCAGAAGGCCGGAGCCAUCGGAGUAGAAGUCGGAGCCGAGAGCGAUCGCACCGACAGAAGAGGGCCCGUUGCUCCCGCGAGAGGGACUCCUCGAAUCCCAGUGAUCGCAGGCGUCACUGAGGUUGGAUCCACCCUCUGGAGAUCUGGAAAUGAUAUGUUUUUAAAAUGUAGUCCGAGUCAGCUACACCGUUACGAUUUCUCUCAGUAAAGUCUCUAAAGCUGAAUUCUUUUAAUUAGUAGUCCCUUAGAGGAAUGUAGUUUCGGUGUCAGGUCCCUGCAUUUAUGUUUUUAAGCACAAUCCACAUAUCAUCCCUGGGAAUACAUUUGGAACUUAACAGAGAGUGUGUCCUCAAUUUGGGAUCACAGAUAAGGUCUUUGAACCCAUAAGCCACCCCCAGCCUGAGAUGAAAUUGCCAGAAAAAGGAAAGCACAGACAAUUCUAGAGUCCUAGACUUUGUCUUUGAUGUUGAGAACCCAUUAUUGCAAGGCCUUUUGAGUUUAGCAGAUAGAACUACAGUGAAGUGGGGCUUAACUUGAUUCAGACCGCCUGAGGUCAAUGUGAUUGCAUUCUGGUUUUGUUGUUGUUUUGAAAGGACUCAUUUUAUUUACUAGGAAGGCAGAGUGCCUUGGCAACAGUGACUGGGGCUAGGCCAGAGCAGAGCCAGGAACUAACUACUCACAUAUUCUUCAUGGGUGUAGAGGCCCAAGUAUGUGGGCUAUAUUCUGCUCCUGUGCUACACACAUCAGUUGAGAGUUGGGGCAGCUGUGACCUAAAACUGGUGCCCACUUGGGAUGCCAGCAUUGCAGGCAGCAGACUUAACCCACUACACAACACUGGCAUUGAUGGAGUUUUUUAGAAUAGCCAGUUCCCUCUCCAGACCCUGUUUGAAAUCAACUUUAAAUGCCUUUUUGUUGUUGUUGUUGAGAAAAUUUUCCACUGAUUCUUUCCCCUUGAAACUUAUUUGUAUUGAUGUAAAGUCUACUUAAUAUAAAAGUAACCUAUUUC